AUGGAGACCAGUCUCGAUUUAUUGGAUUAUAUCCUCUCUUCCGUUCCUCAAGGCCCACUACUCAACCACUAUGGAAGUCUAGAUGGUACUGGCGGCGGAUUCGGGACAGCUUCCACGCCCUCAGAUGGAUCGUUUUCUGCAGAGAGCUUUACGGGGGUCGCAUUGCGCAACUCGAGCCUCAGCAGCAUGUCGGGCAAUGGUCAAAUGGAUAAUGAAUCGAGCGGCUCUCCACAAAGUUUGCUGGCCCCAGGCCACUCUGAGGACGGCCUCAAUCGUACUCUUUCGACGCCUGCAGACCCAGUGAGUCGGGCUACUGGACCGGCGAAACGAUCUGCCCAGUCAGGAUCCGAGACCGGCUUAGCCAGUGGCGAUGUUUCCGAUGACAAAGAUACCCACAAUCUGCGCGAGCAGAUCAGCGACCUAAUCAGAAUGGAGUUCGAGGCACCUGCAUUGACGCGGACUCAGGCCUUCCAGAGGCGCCAUGCGAGCGGCUGA